CAAUAAAUAAUAAAAUGUGAUAAAGAAAAAGAAACUUUUCGGAAUGGAUGAAAAGCAAAGUUAGUGAAAAUGGUGAUACAAUGGCCGGGUCCGGAAACGCUAUGGUGUGCGGUGAUGGUGAUGGUGUUGGUGAACGAGGUGGUGACGCUGAGUGGACCAAACGUGUGCAUGGUGCAGCAGAAAUACAACAUAACGAAGCGUGUGAAGUACCGUGCGCCCAUGUCCGUCCGUACGUACGAGUGGUGCUUCGCCAUGCCGCCCAGGUGCUCCAGGUGGAACACGGAGAUGAGAGACCUCACUAGACUAGAGACUGAGGAGCGGACAGCAGAAGUGGCAGUCUGUUGCCCGGGAUACAAGAUGAAGGAAGUCUCCUGCGUGCCCAUUUGCCCCAGCGGGAAAAUGGGUCACGGAUGCAAUGAAGAUUGUCCCCCUGACAAGUGGGGUCCCAACUGCGUGAACGAGUGCCCGGAAUGUCUGAACGGGUUCUGUGUACCCUCGACCGGAGAGUGCGACUGUGAAGAAGGAUGGCAAGGUGAGAGUUGUCAAAUCAGCAUGUCAACAGUACAAGCCGCACCCGCUUUGAUGGAAGAAUUACUAACUACCACCAAAUCUACAAUAAAAGCUCUUACCACCACUAAACCAACUGUCCCGACGGCUAGAAUUACAGAAAUUUCCACUUCCUCGUCAACUCCUAGAGUGACUAUUAAAGAUAUUUCAACUACACCAACUCCUUCAACGACGACAAUUAUGAUAACUUCAACUAAAAUGACAUUUACACAAACUGUUAAGACUGAAACUCCGUUAUUAAAAACUCAACCUACUAAAGCUACCUCGUUUUUUAUCUAUGACAAUGUAACAACAGCACCUUUUACAACAGAAUUUGUUGAAACCGAAACGACUUCAAAAGUACCUAAAGUGACAGUUAUUAAUUUAAUCUACAAUAGAACAGAAACUCCUGAGGAAGGUACGUCGAAAACGUCAAAUAACUAUUCAAAAGAGCAUGUUACUUCGACUGUGUUGAUUCCAAUAACUAUUAAAUCUUCUAUAGCGCCAUUGACUUCCCCAUCAACUACAACCACCGAUAACAUUUCUACUACUACUACUACUACUACUACUACUACUUCUACUCCUACUACUCUUAGUACUACAUCAACUACCAUAACAACUCCGUCAACUUCUACCACAACCACUUCAAGCUCAACUGUAACCACUCCUAGUAUCACUACGAUAAAAGUAACAACUAAUCUUUUGGAGGAUUCUACGAAGAGUGAAACUACCAAAAAACCAGAGACAACAACUAAGAAUCAUUUCACUACUCUGAAGUUUAAGCCUAAAGAGAUAUGGAUAAAACCUACUCAAAAAGGUGUGCCGAUUUAUAUAGAAACUAAAACAAAAAAUCAUGAAACACAUACAAAACCUAAGAGUGCCACUAAUAAAAAUGAAGCUGUAUCAGAAAAUACAACACCGAAGACAAUUAUAGUUUCAAUAAUACCCACUUCAGUGUCUCACGCUACAUUUAAGAAGAUAGCCUUAACUACAGCAUCGUAUAUGUCUCACAAAGUUAACGCUGCAACGAACAAUAAUAAAACAGAGCAAAGUUUCACUAGAUCGAUGACGUCACAAGCAUCAACGGCUAUUCCGUUCACUAUAAAAUUAUUAACCACUGCCAAUAUCCAAAAAAGCUCUUCAGCAUUUUCGACUCGUUUCCCACAGAGCAAUCCAACUUUUAAAGCAACAACAUCAACUAAGAAAAAAAUUCUGAACACGACUGUAUCUGAAAAGCACACAACCUUGGCAAUAUUAAACUCAUCUAUGGCAAUCUCAAACACAACUAUGGCAAUAUUAAACUCAACUAUGGCAACAAGUACGACUAACAGCAUGUCAAGCACGUUGAAUGCAAAUAAGAAACUGAACUCUUCUACUUCCCUAACAGUCAAGCCUCCGACUAACAAAUAUAAACAUCAAAGCUCAGAUGAGGUUACAAAAGAAUCUUUUGUAAAUAAAAAAAUAUUUGUAAAAGAUGAAGCGAUGAAUAAAUCUGAUAACAAUUUCCAUAUUAAUACCAACGGUACAGCAAAGGUAGAAGUUACUAAAACCAAAGAAAAACUUAGAUAUAAAGUAACCAACGCUACAAAACAGAUUAGUACUAAAUGGAGUAUAACAAAAACUACUAAUAAGGUUAUAGUUACCACUCAGGAACCUGUAGAGGAUGAAACGUUUCAUAUUUUAACAGAGCCUGAACACAUUACCGCUGUUAUGAAUGAGAAGGAAAGAGACAAUACAUCAGUGGAUCUGAUAUCUGUGAUAAGUAUUGCUGGUGGUGUGAUGAUGGCUGUUAUCACAGUGGCUGUCAUCAUAGUGAUGAUAGAGAGGUGUAAGAGACCUAGAUAUGAUGACGUGAGGAAAGUGAACGAUAUUCGCAUGAAUGUUAUGAUUGAUAAUAAGGACCCACCGCCAUAUGUGAGAAGCAUUUUCCACACUCCGUUGCCAGAUCCACCACCCUUAGACAAUUGUCACUACCAGCCAAUAUCGACUUUGGACAGGAAUUUGAAACAAUUUAUGAGACCUGUUGUUGUACAAGCGAUAUCGCCAAUAAUGUUGGAGAAUUUCCGAGGUAUCCUCGAAUGCCACUACGACCAUUUACCGAAUAGAAAUCAUAGUAUCAACCAUGAAUUCGGAACAAUGCCGACUCGGUGUUCAGUGUCGCCAUCUAUGAAGUGCGACGAUGAACUGCUUAGACAACGACCGCUGUCAGUCGCGGAAUACACUAUCGAGGCACUAAAAUGCGAAGCGAAGAUGGACGUAAUCGACAGUACCACAUCAGAACCGUUAUAUGCAGAAAUUCCAUGCUGGAGACCCCCUUCAGAGCACGCCAUUGAAGUUAUGAACUUGAAUGGAGAAGCUGUUACUGAAUUAUGACGAGUUUCCGCGAAACGAACCGUUCAGUAUGAUAUGAACCAUUGAGUUCUUCGAGUUACCACUAGAUGGCGCGAUUUAUUUUUAAAACUCUCACUAGAUG